UCACUCUUGAACAUGUCAGGUUGUGUUUAUACUUGAUCAGCCCUACAGGUGACGACCUGCUAUUUCAUCUCAUCUUUUAUAUCGCAUCCAUCUCAUUUCCAUAAUUUCAUUCUUCAAGUUCUAUACCGCGAUAAAUUUCAAGAUGAAGCUCGCAACUCUGAAUUAUCUCCAUGCCCUAUGCGCAUUUCUUCCUACAGCGGCAGCUUGGGGAUCUCUCGGUCACGAGACAGUAGCAUAUGUCGCCUCCAACUUUGUCGCUGCGGGGACACAAGAGUUGUUCCAGACUCUCUUGUACAAUGAAACCAGUUCUUACUUGGCCAACGUUGCUACGUGGGCGGACUCGUUUCGAUAUACCGCGGCGGGAAGAUUCUCAGCUCCUUUCCAUUUCAUCGAUGCCGAAGAUAAUCCUCCAACUUCUUGUGGGGUGACGUAUUCUAGGGAUUGUGGGGAGAAGGGAUGUGUUGUUGGUGCGAUUCUGAAUUAUACGAGCCAAGUCAUGAAUACCACACUGGAUUCCUACACCCGGAAUAUGGCUGCCAAGUUUGUCGUGCAUUUUCUUGGAGAUAUACAUCAACCUCUUCAUGAUGAGGGACUCGACGUUGGCGGAAACACCGUGCUGGUGACCUUUGGUGGAGUCAAGACCAACCUUCACCAUGUCUGGGACACAAAUAUGCCAGAAAAGCUAAUCGGAGGAUACACUCUGACUGAUGCCGAGAAGUGGGCAGAGAUCUUGACGACGGCCAUUACUUCUGGGAUCUACCAAUCUCUCGCAGCAGACUGGCUUGACGGCAUUGAUUUGGCGGACCCUGUGGCCACUGCUCUGGCAUGGGCAGAGGAAGCAAAUGCGUUCGUUUGUACGACUGUCCUGCCAAAUGGUGUUGAUGCGAUCGAUGGUCAAGAGCUUGAUGGCGACUAUUACCAGGCUGCUAUACCAGUUAUUCAGAUCCAGAUUGCUAGAGCAGGUUAUAGAUUGGCUCGUUGGCUAGACCUCAUUGCACAAGCUGUGAAUACAGUGGGAAAGCCAGAGUUGUAGGAUUACGUUAUUGAAAUGGCUGCCUUGUAUUUGAUAUUUUCAUGUAGCUACUUUGCUUUUGCUCUUCGGGUUAUAUUUUCUUCUUAGUAAUCCAAGGAAUAUUAGAAGCUGCAAUCUUUCUCUCCCUUUCUCCUUCGUGCUCUGUGCUGUGAUAUUUCCGAAAGGCAGUGAGAGAAUGAUAGCUGUAAUGAAUUAGUGUUGAUGUUUGCUUUGCUACUUUAAAUG